CAAAUAGUGUGAACUAACAGAUAUGGACUUAGUCUUUCAUUUGAUUAUCUCUAAUAACAUUAACAUGGAUUUUAAAAAAGUCUAAUAAUAUUCAUACAACUAUUUUAUAAAUUAAAGUACUAAUUGAUACAUUUUCAUUUACAAUAAUUCUUGGAUUAAAAUAAAACAAAAACAAAAUCCAUUGAAAUAAUGAUCAUAAUAACGAUAGUAUUAUUUUUAUUAUUUCAUAUAAGUAUUCAUUCAUUACCUAUGUUGAACAAAACCUUAAAUCAACAUAAUGAAACAUUAUCCAAUCUAAAUGAUAAACAAUUAAAUAAUAAUAAUAAUAGAGAAAUUAUUCCUACUAAUAAUAUCAUUAAUGAUAAUUAUAACCAAUUAUUAUUAUUAUUUAAAGAUAUUGCUUCAAUACAAACAUUUAAUACAAUAAAUAACCUUAUGAAUAAUAAUAAUAAUAAUAAUAAUAAAGAAAGUAAUUAUUCAUUAAAAAAUAAUAAUUUCAAUCAAAAAAUCAAUAAUUCAAUUAAAUUAAAACAAAAUCAAUUUAUUGAUAAUUCAUGUAAUCAUAAACAAUGUUUUACAAUAUUUACAAUAAAAGAAUUAAAUGAUAAACUAAACCAUUCUAAAGGUAAAUUUAUUAUUAAUAAAAAUAAAAAUAAUGAAAUCUUAUUACGUAAUAUAAUAUCUAAUGAAAUAAUUAAAAAUCAAUUACUCAAUAAAAAUCUUACACAAUUGAUUAUUGAUUUAAAUAAUAAUAAUAUGAAAGAUUUAUCAUUAUUAAAAAUGUUUAAUAAUCAAUCCUUUAUACAUUUAUUACUUAGUAUAAACAACGAUACUAUAUUGAAUAAUUUAAUCAUAAAGAAUAUGAUAACUAAUUUGGAUGAUAAAGAAAAUCGAUCAAUUGAUCAUUUAGAUGAUUAUUAUAUUCAGAAAAUUAUUAAUUUAACAGAAAUGAAUACUGAUCAUUCAAUAAAAAAAGUGUCAAAUAUGAAAAUCAAUAAAGAAGAGGAAUAUGAUAAUGAAAUCGAUCAAUUAAUUGGUGAAGAACAAAGUUUCAAUGAAGUACUUGGUAACAAUAAGUUAGGGAAAAAUUUAAUAAAGAAAGAAAUAAACAUAAAAAAUAAAAAUAAAUUAAUAACAAAUCAUAAUAGAAUAUUAAUAAGAAACAAAUAUAGAAGAAAACGUUCAGCAAAUAAUAUUGAUUCAGAAGCAUUCAAUGCAUAUUCAUCAAGUACAAAAAAUAUAAACAGAAACAACAAGCAAAAAAAUAACCAAAAACAAAUAAAAAUAAACAAUAAAUACAAAAUAAAUAAAAGGAUUAAAAAAUACAUUAACACAGAUGAAGAAAACCAUGACAAAAUGAAGAAUAUCAUAAAAGAAUAUAAUAAGGAUAAUGAUUAUGAAAAAGAAACACCAUCAAAAGAUGAAACUAAUGAGAAUGAAAAAGGAAAAUUAGAAGACAAAAGGAUUACAGAAAACAAAGAAAAAACAGAUGAAAAUAAAACAAACAAGGAGGACGCGACAGAAGAUUCGAAUACAACGAAACAGAUAUCAAUGAACAAAGAACAAAUAACUGCAGCCUUAGAUAAAACAGAAGAUGUGCCAGUGAUUCAGCACUCGAGUCCAGAAACUCCAGUAUCCGAGGAAGUGAUGGCUGUCUCUCCAGCUCCAACUGCAGAUGUGUCAGUGAUUCAGGACUCGAGUCCAGAAACUCCAGUAUCCGAGGGAGUGACGACUGUCUCUCCAGCUCCAACUGCAGAUGUGUCAGUGAUUCAGGACUCGAGUCCAGAAACUCCAGUAUCCGAGGAAGUGAUGACUGUCUCUCCAGCUCCAACUGCAGAUGUGUCAGUGAUUCAGGACUCGAGUCCAGAAACUCCAGUAUCCGAGGAAGUGAUGACUAUCUCUCCAGCUCCAACUGCAGAUGUGUCAGUGAUUCAGGACUCGAGUCCAGAAACUCCAGUAUCCGAGGAAGUGACGACUGUCUCUCCAGCUCCAACUGCAGAUGUGUCAGUGAUUCAGGACUCGAGUCCAGAAACUCCAGUAUCCGAGGAAGUGAUGACUGUCUCUCCAGCUCCAACUGCAGAUGUGUCAGUGAUUCAGGACUCGAGUCCAGAAACUCCAGUAUCCGAGGGAGUGACGACUGUCUCUCCAGCUCCAACUGCAGAUGUGUCAGUGAUUCAGGACUCGAGUCCAGAAACUCCAGUAUCCGAGGAAGUGACGACUGUCUCUCCAGCUCCAACUGCAGAUGUGUCAGUGAUUCAGGACUCGAGUCCAGAAACUCCAGUAUCCGAGGAAGUGACGACUGUCUCUCCAGCUCCAACUGCAGAUGUGUCAGUGAUUCAGGACUCGAGUCCAGAAACUCCAGUAUCCGAGGAAGUGACGACUGUCUCUCCAGCUCCAACUGCAGAUGUGUCAGUGAUUCAGGACUCGAGUCCAGAAACUCCAGUAUCCGAGGAAGUGACGACUGUCUCUCCAGCUCCAACUGCAGAUGUGUCAGUGAUUCAGGACUCGAGUCCAGAAACUCCAGUAUCCGAGGAAGUGACGACUGUCUCUCCAGCUCCAACUGCAGAUGUGUCAGUGAUUCAGGACUCGAGUCCAGAAACUCCAGUAUCCGAGGGAGUGACGACUGUCUCUCCAGCUCCAACUGCAGAUGUGUCAGUGAUUCAGGACUCGAGUCCAGAAACUCCAGUAUCCGAGGAAGUGACGACUGUCUCUCCAGCUCCAACUGCAGAUGUGUCAGUGAUUCAGGACUCGAGUCCAGAAACUCCAGUAUCCGAGGAAGUGACGACUGUCUCUCCAGCUCCAACUGCAGAUGUGUCAGUGAUUCAGGACUCGAGUCCAGAAACUCCAGUAUCCGAGGAAGUGACGACUGUCUCUCCAGCUCCAACUGCAGAUGUGUCAGUGAUUCAGGACUCGAGUCCAGAAACUCCAGUAUCCGAGGAAGUGACGACUGUCUCUCCAGCUCCAACUGCAAGUGUGUCAGUGAUUCAGGACUCGAGUCCAGAAACUCCAGUAUCCGAGGAAGUGAUGACUGUCUCUCCAGCUCCAACUGCAGAUGUGUCAGUGAUUCAGGACUCGAGUCCAGAAACUCCAGUAUCCGAGGAAGUGACGACUGUCUCUCCAGCUCCAACUGCAGCUGUGUCAGUGAUUCAGGACUCGAGUCCAGAAACUCCAGUAUCCGAGGAAGUGACGACUGUCUCUCCAGCUCCAACUGCAGAUGUGUCAGUGAUUCAGGACUCGAGUCCAGAAACUCCAGUAUCCGAGGAAGUGACGACUGUCUCUCCAGCUCCAACUGCAGAUGUGUCAGUGAUUCAGGACUCGAGUCCAGAAACUCCAGUAUCCGAGGAAGUGACGACUGUCUCUCCAGCUCCAACUGCAGAUGUGUCAGUGAUUCAGGACUCGAGUCCAGAAACUCCAGUAUCCGAGGAAGUGACGACUGUCUCUCCAGCUCCAACUGCAGAUGUGUCAGUGAUUCAGGACUCGAGUCCAGAAACUCCAGUAUCCGAGGAAGUGAUGACUGUCUCUCCAGCUCCAACUGCAGAUGUGUCAGUGAUUCAGGACUCGAGUCCAGAAACUUCAGUAUCCGAGGAAGUGAUGACUGUCUCUCCAGCUCCAACUGCAGAUGUGUCAGUGAUUCAGGACUCGAGUCCAGAAACUCCAGUAUCCGAGGAAGUGACGACUGUCUCUCCAGCUCCAACUGCAGAUGUGUCAGUGAUUCAGGACUCGAGUCCAGAAACUCCAGUAUCCGAGGAAGUGACGACUGUCUCUCCAGCUCCAACUGCAAGUGUGUCAGUGAUUCAGGACUCGAGUCCAGAAACUCCAGUAUCCGAGGAAGUGACGACUGUCUCUCCAGCUCCAACUGCAGAUGUGUCAGUGAUUCAGGACUCGAGUCCAGAAACUCCAGUAUCCGAGGAAGUGACGACUGUCUCUCCAGCUCCAACUGCAGAUGUGUCAGUGAUUCAGGACUCGAGUCCAGAAACUCCAGUAUCCGAGGAAGUGAUGACUGUCUCUCCAGCUCCAACUGCAGAUGUGUCAGUGAUUCAGGACUCGAGUCCAGAAACUCCAGUAUCCGAGGAAGUGAUGACUGUCUCUCCAGCUCCAACUGCAGAAGUGUCAGUGAUUCAGGACUCGAGUCCAGAAACUCCAGUAUCCGAGGAAGUGAUGACUGUCUCUCCAGCUCCAACUGCAGAUGUGUCAGUGAUUCAGGACUCGAGUCCAGAAACUCCAGUAUCCGAGGAAGUGACGACUGUCUCUCCAGCUCCAACUGCAGAUGUGUCAGUGAUUCAGGACUCGAGUCCAGAAACUCCAGUAUCCGAGGAAGUGAUGACUGUCUCUCCAGCUCCAACUGCAGAUGUGUCAGUGAUUCAGGACUCGAGUCCAGAAACUCCAGUAUCCGAGGAAGUGACGACUGUCUCUCCAGCUCCAACUGCAGAUGUGUCAGUGAUUCAGGACUCGAGUCCAGAAACUCCAGUAUCCGAGGAAGUGACGACUGUCUCUCCAGCUCCAACUGCAGAUGUGUCAGUGAUUCAGGACUCGAGUCCAGAAACUCCAGUAUCCGAGGAAGUGACGACUGUCUCUCCAGCUCCAACUGCAGAUGUGUCAGUGAUUCAGGACUCGAGUCCAGAAACUCCAGUAUCCGAGGAAGUGACGACUGUCUCUCCAGCUCCAACUGCAGAUGUGUCAGUGAUUCAGGACUCGAGUCCAGAAACUCCAGUAUCCGAGGAAGUGAUGACUAUCUCUCCAGCUCCAACUGCAGAUGUGUCAGUGAUUCAGGACUCGAGUCCAGAAACUCCAGUAUCCGAGGAAGUGACGACUGUCUCUCCAGCUCCAACUGCAGAUGUGUCAGUGAUUCAGGACUCGAGUCCAGAAACUCCAGUAUCCGAGGAAGUGAUGACUGUCUCUCCAGCUCCAACUGCAGAUGUGUCAGUGAUUCAGGACUCGAGUCCAGAAACUCCAGUAUCCGAGGAAGUGAUGACUGUCUCUCCAGCUCCAACUGCAGAUGUGUCAGUGAUUCAGGACUCGAGUCCAGAAACUCCAGUAUCCGAGGAAGUGACGACUGUCUCUCCAGCUCCAACUGCAGAUGUGUCAGUGAUUCAGGACUCGAGUCCAGAAACUCCAGUAUCCGAGGAAGUGACGACUGUCUCUCCAGCUCCAACUGCAGAUGUGUCAGUGAUUCAGGACUCGAGUCCAGAAACUCCAGUAUCCGAGGAAGUGACGACUGUCUCUCCAGCUCCAACUGCAGAUGUGUCAGUGAUUCAGGACUCGAGUCCAGAAACUCCAGUAUCCGAGGAAGUGAUGACUGUCUCUCCAGCUCCAACUGCAGAUGUGUCAGUGAUUCAGGACUCGAGUCCAGAAACUCCAGUAUCCGAGGAAGUGACGACUGUCUCUCCAGCUCCAACUGCAGAUGUGUCAGUGAUUCAGCACUCGAGUCCAGAAACUCCAGUAUCCGAGGAAGUGAUGACUGUCUCUCCAGCUCCAACUGCAGAUGUGUCAGUGAUUCAGGACUCGAGUCCAGAAACUCCAGUAUCCGAGGAAGUGAUGACUGUCUCUCCAGCUCCAACUGCAGAUGUGUCAGUGAUUCAGGACUCGAGUCCAGAAACUCCAGUAUCCGAGGAAGUGAUGACUGUCUCUCCAGCUCCAACUGCAGAUGUGUCAGUGAUUCAGGACUCGAGUCCAGAAACUCCAGUAUCCGAGGAAGUGACGACUAUCUCUCCAGCUCCAACUGCAGAUGUGUCAGUGAUUCAGGACUCGAGUCCAGAAACUCCAGUAUCCGAGGAAGUGACGACUGUCUCUCCAGCUCCAACUGCAGAUGUGUCAGUGAUUCAGGACUCGAGUCCAGAAACUCCAGUAUCCGAGGAAGUGACGACUGUCUCUCCAGCUCCAACUGCAGAUGUGUCAGUGAUUCAGGACUCGAGUCCAGAAACUCCAGUAUCCGAGGAAGUGACGACUGUCUCUCCAGCUCCAACUGCAGAUGUGUCAGUGAUUCAGGACUCGAGUCCAGAAACUCCAGUAUCCGAGGAAGUGAUGACUAUCUCUCCAGCUCCAACUGCAGAUGUGUCAGUGAUUCAGGACUCGAGUCCAGAAACUCCAGUAUCCGAGGAAGUGACGACUGUCUCUCCAGCUCCAACUGCAGAUGUGUCAGUGAUUCAGGACUCGAGUCCAGAAACUCCAGUAUCCGAGGAAGUGACGACUGUCUCUCCAGCUCCAACUGCAGAUGUGUCAGUGAUUCAGGACUCGAGUCCAGAAACUCCAGUAUCCGAGGAAGUGAUGACUGUCUCUCCAGCUCCAACUGCAGAUGUGUCAGUGAUUCAGGACUCGAGUCCAGAAACUCCAGUAUCCGAGGAAGUGACGACUGUCUCUCCAGCUCCAACUGCAGAUGUGUCAGUGAUUCAGGACUCGAGUCCAGAAACUCCAGUAUCCGAGGAAGUGACGACUGUCUCUCCAGCUCCAACUGCAGAUGUGUCAGUGAUUCAGGACUCGAGUCCAGAAACUCCAGUAUCCGAGGAAGUGAUGACUGUCUCUCCAGCUCCAACUGCAGAUGUGUCAGUGAUUCAGGACUCGAGUCCAGAAACUCCAGUAUCCGAGGAAGUGACGACUGUCUCUCCAGCUCCAACUGCAGAUGUGUCAGUGAUUCAGGACUCGAGUCCAGAAACUCCAGUAUCCGAGGAAGUGACGACUGUCUCUCCAGCUCCAACUGCAAAUGUGUCAGUGAUUCAGGACUCGAGUCCAGAAACUCCAGUAUCCGAGGAAGUGACGACUGUCUCUCCAGCUCCAACUGCAGAUGUGUCAGUGAUUCAGGACUCGAGUCCAGAAACUCCAGUAUCCGAGGAAGUGACGACUGUCUCUCCAGCUCCAACUGCAGAUGUGUCAGUGAUUCAGGACUCGAGUCCAGAAACUCCAGUAUCCGAGGAAGUGACGACUGUCUCUCCAGCUCCAACUGCAGAUGUGUCAGUGAUUCAGGACUCGAGUCCAGAAACUCCAGUAUCCGAGGAAGUGACGACUGUCUCUCCAGCUCCAACUGCAAAUUUAUCAGUGAUUGACAAUUUACUUAUAUCAACGAUCGGUUCCACCGUUUCUCAUGAUCAUGAUUUUUAUUUUGAUCGUAGUCCUGUUGGGGGAAUUAUUAAGUCUUUAAACAACGAAGUAUUAGAAAAUAGUGAUAAAGUUUCUCCGCAUGUGUUUUCAACUGACAUUCCAAGGAACAGAAAUAUUAACAUAUAUAUUAGUGGACCUUAUAUUCAUGAGCAUAAUCGGCUUGAAUUUAAAUAUGGUUUAACAAUUGGUUUCAUUCUAUUAUGUAUUCUGGUUAUUAUGUUAGUUCUGUCUACAAUUCUUGUUCUCAUUUGGAUUCGUCAUCGACGUAAUAAAUAUUCUGGUAGUAUAACCCUGUCACAUAUUGAAGAAAACGAUAACAAUGUACAAAAUACGUCAGUAGGAAAAAAUAGAUUUCAAUCCAGAAACAGUACACAUGAUUCAUUUACAGCUGUAGAAGGAAUAGUUAAUGAAAGCAAAAGUAACAAAUCUACUAAUUCAAUGAAAACACCAGCAAUACAAAAACGUCUUGAACUACGACGAAAACAACAUAUAAAAGCUAAAAUAUUAGCUCAUGAAGCUUUACUUUCCACUGAUGAUUGUUCUUCAUGUGAUUGUGGUUUUACUUUUAAAUCUCCCAACCCUGAACGUCUCUGUUUAACAUCGAAUUUAGAUAAUGAUGUUAUAUUAACUGGUGCAUGGCGUAGACAAAGCAAUGAUAGCGGUGAUAGAAAAAACCAAACAAAUCAAAAUAUAUUAAACUCUGUUGAACAUACAUAUGAUAAAGAAGAUGAAUUUCCAGAUACUCCUUCUAUAAAUAAUAAUAAUUUUAUUAAAAAUAAUGAAACCACAUCUCAUUAUCAAGAGAUAAGUAUGAAGAAACCCAGUAUAAGUUCAAAAGCAUGGAAAUAUAUUGAUGAAAAUUAGGAUUAAAUGAUUUAAUAUCUCUAUAUAUUUCUUUAUGUUUGCAAAAAUAAAACUGUAAGCUCAAAAUUAUAUAUUAAUUUUAUAUUACAUUACAUUAAGUUGAAAUUUCAUUUUACUUCAUCGAUAGUAUUUUCAGUCAUCUCUAAUAAAAUUUCAAACUUUGACGAGUACUACUUAUAAUAAUAAUAAUAGUAAUAUGAUAAAUACUAAAUACGUACAUAGAUUUAAUGAAGUGUUUAUUAUAAAUUUUGCAUAUCAUUAGAUAGUACAUACAUUCCAGAUUGAAGUUAUAUAGUAAUAAUCACUUAAAAUGUUAAUUUAAACAUUUAAACUACAUUUCUUUUUCUCUUUAUUUAUCCCAUAAACAAAAUAAGUAAUCAUUAAUUAUUAGAACAUUUUCUUCUACUCUAAGCUUUUGUUUAUUGUCAAAUUUCUUUUUUUUUGUAAGAAAAUACUUUUAAGGAAUUAUUAUCAUCGUUUUCUGUAAAAACCAGAAAAAUUUCCCUUUUUUGUUUUGUGAUCAAUAACCGAUAUAUUUUUUGAUUUUUUUUCUCUCUGAACUCAUAUGAAGUAAUUGUCGUUCAGUUAUAAAGUGUAAUUAAAAAAGAAAAAGGAAAAAAGAAAAAUAAAUUUUUUUAAUGUUUAAUUAUUUAUUAAUUAGUUUUAUGCUUAUUUUGUUUGUUUUUCUGAUAUUACUUAAACAACAAAAAUAAAUGUAUUAUUCAAUAAAA